AGUUCAUCUUGGGGAAAGGUCACCAUAAUCACUCCCAAACCUGAAAGAGACAGAAGAAGACAACCAGUGGACCUGCAUGAGGAGGUGGAGCAACACAGAGAGGAGUGUCUCACAGUCACAUGCUUCACAGUAAAUGAAACUAAAAGUUAGUCUGAACAACAACACUGCUGCAGUCAACACAAGUGCCUCUGUCUCUCUCAGCAAACAACUUCAGGCCUUCAGGUCAACAGUACAACAAAGCCUCUGAGUACAAACAUGGCAGCAGCCAGCAGUCUCCUCUCUGAAGAUCAGUUUCUGUGCUCCAUCUGUCUGGAUGUGUUCACUGAUCCAGUCACCAUACCAUGUGGACACAACUUCUGCAAGACCUGCAUCACACAUCACUGGAAUAUUAAUGGCCAGACUCAGUGUCCUGUAUGUAAAAAACAGAUUGAUAGAAGACCUGAACUGCAUGUCAACACUUUUAUAUCGGAGAUGGCUGCUCGAUUCAGACAGUCAGUUAAAAUAAAAGCCAGCAGCAGCUCACAGCAGCACCGAGCAGACACAGGAGAAGUUCUCUGUGACGUCUGCACUGAAACCAAGAUGAAGGCCCUGAAGUCCUGCCUGGUGUGUCUGGCCUCCUACUGUGAGACUCACCUGGAGCGUCACCAGAGAGUCACAGGCCUGAAAAUACAUACGCUGAUUGAUCCUGUGGAGAACCUGGAGAGCAGGGUGUGUAAGAAGCAUGAGAGACCUCUGGAGCUGUUCUGCAAGACUGACCAGACGUGUGUGUGUCAGUUCUGCACUGAGUCAAGUCACAAGCUUCAUCAAAUUGUUCCUCUGAUAGAAGAAUAUGAAGGAAAGAAAGCUAAACUUGGAAAGACAGAGGCCGAUGUUCAGCAGAUGAUCCAGGAGAGACGACUGAAGAUUCAAGAGCUUAAGCAAUCAGUGGAGCUCAGCAAGGAAACUGCAGACAGAGUGACUACAGCCAGUGUGCAGGUCUUCACUGCUCUGAUCCAGUCUGUUGAGGGAAGUCUGGCUGAGCUCAUUCAGACAAUUACAGAGAGGCACAACACAACAGAGAAACAUGUAGAAGGAUUCAUCAAAGAGCUUGAAGAGGAGAUCUCUGAGCUGAUGAAGAGAAGCACUGAGCUGAAGCAGCUCUCACAUACUAAAGACCACCUCCUGCUCCUCCAAAGCUUCACAUCCUUAAUUCCUGCUCAACCCACCAAGGACUGGACAGAGGUCAGAGUUCACUCAUCAUAUGAGGGGUCUGUGAGGACAGCUGUGUCUCAGCUGGAGGAGACACUCAGUAAAGAGAUGAAGAAGCUGUGUGUUGACCUUGAGGUGAAGAGGGUCCAGCAGUUUGCAGUGGAUGUGACUCUUGAUCCUGAAACAGCAAAUCCCCAUCUCAUCCUGUCUGAUGAUGGGAAGCAAGUCAGUUAUGGUGACGUGAAGCAGAAUCUUCCCGACAACCCAAAGAGAUUUCUUUGUUAUUCUGUCCUAGGAAAGCAGAGUUUCUCUUUAGGAAGAUUUUACUAUGAAGUCCAAGUCAAAGGGAAGACUGCCUGGACUUUAGGAGUGGCCAGAGAGUCUGUCAUCAGGAAAGGGCGUAUCACACUGACCCCUGAGUAUGGCUGUUGGUCGAUAUGCAUGAUGAACAACAUAGUGUAUGCCGUUGCUUCAUCACCAGUCCAUCUCUCUCUCAAGUCAGAGCCUCAGCGGGUGGGGGUUUUUGUGGAUCAUGAGGAGGGUCUGGUCUCCUUUUAUGACAUAGAUGCUGCAGUUCUCAUCUACUCCUUUACUGGCUGUAGGUUCAAUGAGAAGCUGCGCCCAUAUUUCAAUCCCUGUCAUAACAAUAAUGGUAGAAACUCCACUCCUUUAAAAAUUUGUUCCAUCAAUCAAGCUGAUUAGAUGAAUCAUAACAGAGUCACUGUCAUGUAAAUGUCCCAAAUCCCUUUACUGUUUUAUUAAUAUUGCUUUGGUUUGUGUCUGUGAUUGUAUUUUUAUUUUUUCAUAAUAAUCUGGUUUUAGCACAUGGCAGUAGAAUAAUAUCUACAUGUUUUUGUUGUUGUUGUUGUUGCUUUUUAUUUGGUUUUAUAACAAUUUUACACAAUUUUCUGGUUGAGUAUAUUUACUGGUUAAUAAAUGUUUUUGAGCAUUUAUGCAAAUUGAAGAUGUUUUACAAAUUACUAUUUUGUUUAGAUGGCAAAAUAUAAUUAAAACAAUUCCAGUAAAACUUAGUAUUUCAAAAGAAAAAUAAAAUAACACUUAGUAAUUGCGAGUUUAGAUUUAUGAAUUCAUUCCAUUAUUUUAAGCUUCCAUAUUUGACUUUUUUUAAUUACAUUCUCUAUACUUCUGUGUAUUUUUUGUCAUAAUGAUAAUCUAGUUUUAGCCAAGCAGCAACCUCCAAAGCUGAAAAAUUAAGCCAAAACUGCAGUUCAUUGAAUGGCCAAUUGAGGCUGGCUCUAAAACAGAGUAAAUGCCUGUCAACCUCCAUGUUCAAAUGUCGAACAUUAUAGCAGAAAUAGACAUGUUUACAGCCUGGUAUAAAAAAUGGUUUUGGUCGCUAUGGCUCAUUAACUUUGUGAAACUUUGUAAAAGGCACAAAGUGUAGCAUCACUACAGUCUAUGUGUCAGAUUCAUCCAUCUCUCCUCCACACCUUCACCCUCUUGUUCGAAUAUGGUCACCUGUUCCAACAAAACAAGAUGUCAACAGACAAAAUGCCAAACUUGAGGCUUUGAAACAACAGUCCACAAACCAAUGGGUGAUAUCACUGUAGCCAUGUCCAUUAGUACAUACGCAGAUCAGCCAAAACAUUAAAACCACUGACUGGUAAGGUUAAUAGCAUUGAUAAUUUUGUUACAGUGCAAUGCUCUUGUGAGGAACCUUGGCUCCUGCCAUUCAUGUAGAUGCCACUUUACACACCCACCCAAACCCCAUUACAGACCAAUAGCCCCCUGGCAUGAGUGGGGGCACUUGGUCUACAACAAUGUUUAGAUGGGUGGAGUGUGUUAAGGGAAGGGGCAUUCACAUGAAUGCAAGGACCAAAGGUUUUCCCUGCAGAACAUUGCAUUGUAAUGAAAUGAUCAAUGUUAUUCACUUUUGUGGUUUUAGACCACUUUGUUUCAAAUAAUAUAAAAAAAAAUUGGUGUUGGGGAUUUGUUUUCAUAAUUUAUUUUUUUAAAUUAAUUUUACACUAUGCUGGUUUAGUUAUAUAUUUUGCUGAUUUUUAAUUUGGUAACAAUGAGCAUUUAAUUCUGAUGUGAAAUGUUUUACUUUUUUCAUGUCAUUCAAUAAUAUUUGCCAAUGAAUCAGAGAGAAUUUAUGUUUUUUUUCUUUUGAAUCUUUACAAUAAGAGCAUUUUUUUUAAAAAACUGUUAUGAAUAAAGACAAAGACUAUAACUGGGCCUUUUUUUAUAAACAUUUUCUCAGUUAGCUACUUAACAGCUAGAGAUCACUGUAUUACUGUAAAGUGUCAAUGCACUCUCUAAGUCUAUUCAUCAUCAGUGAAGAUAUUUGAAGAAUAUUCUCUUUUUGAUUGUACCUUGUUGUACAGAACAAUUGUUGCUAGCAUAUAGAGAUAGUUUGUAGUUAAGCACAGCUAGUUUGAAUUUUUAAUUAAGGAGAAAUGCCUUUGAAAGUCAAGCAAUCACUGUGGGAGUCUGUACAGUCAGCCUCCUACUUUCUGUUAGUCUGAGAAACUAUUUCUGUCUGACAUCACAGAUUGUAGUCUGAAACCAGUCUGGUAUAUCUUUUAAUGUUUUGCCUUCUUGCCUGAAAAGACAACGAUUUAUUAACCAAAAUCUAAUUCCUUAUUAGAGAUUCUAAAUUCUCUGUAUGUACUGUUAGGACUGUGAUGUGCAUGGAGAGAAAAAAUUUGUGUACAUUUUGAGUACUGUAGUACUUCCAGUCUUGGGGCUCUAGUUUGGCAGACCAGGCGAGGCGGGGGCGCAGCGCACCUGCGCUUCGCCAAAUGGGUGUGGCCAGGCAGAUUUUGUAAGUUUAGCACACUACUCCUCUUUCCCACCUCUGUCCCUCCUACCGGCACAAGUCGGAAAGAGGGAGGAGAGAAGGCGUGGAGUGGGUUUUACACACAUCACACCAAUCAAAUGAGCCCCUCUCCUCGCCCGUAAAUGCGCCGCGUGAAGGCGUAAUGAGAGUUUACUCAAUUUGCCAUGGCAGAAGAGAGCACUGCUCGAAACUAGCUCUGCGCAGGGUUCGCCAACCUGCGCCACCCUGCGUUGCCCCGGGAAACUAGAGCCUUAAGAGUUUAAACUAAUAUUGUGUAUUAGUUAUGGGAGUGGAUGUUCUCUCUCAUUAUGUUUACUGUUUCAGGAAUGAUGUAAUUCAAGUUCGGCAUCUUAGUCAACCUGGUUUCAACAGCCAUCUACUGUAGCAGUGUACUGUGUGUGUGUGUGUGUGUGUGUGUGUGUGUGUGUGUGUGUGUGUGUGUGACACUGCCCUUUAGAUGAUUUUUUUUUCUGAUGCUGGGAGCUGGCUUUGAAUGCAUCACAGAUGGUGACAUAUGCCCUUUCAAAUCAAUUUUCAAUUCCACAGUCACACAUCUACAAUAAAAAAUGACAUUGAACUAAUAUGAUGAUGGUUAAAGCUGUUAUGAUACCUCUGACAUGACAUGGGUCUCUCAGUUUUCAGCAUCUCAUCUCUCAUUGUGUGUUUGUCUUGUGUUUUCUCUACAGUGUAGAUCUGCAUUUCUAACCAUUAAACAGGACUAUUGACUCAAAUGUGACA